AGAAACGAAAGAUGGUCAUAACAAACAGACAAGCAUGCCAGUCAAAAGAACGUGUUCUCUUAAAAUUUACUUAAAGCGCUAGUAAAAAAAACUAAACAGACCCUAGGCUCACAUACCAAGAAUAACUAAACAUACAUUUCUUCCAAAAUCUUUACCUACUAAUAAACCAGCUAUUGCUUCUGGUCGUCCGUCGUGGUUGUUUUGCAAAAAAGCCCCUCGAUUUACAGGAAAUCAACCCGCAGUCCCUGUUUUAGUGGCACCCAGAAAAAACGUUUCACUUCUACAAACAAAACCCUAUAGGCAUUUCAAUUCAGUCUGCAGUCCUUUCCUUCCUCUUAUCCACUCUACGCCGGCGGCUACGCCCAUUCCGUUGUGCGCCGGCGGCCGCCGUGCCUCGCACCGGAGGAUGGAGUGCGCUCGCCGGGAGGAUGGACGGCGCGGAGAGGCGCGCUCGCGCCUGAGCUCCUGUGCCCGCGCCUCGCGCCUCCUUGCACCGCUCCGGCGGCCUCACUCGCCACGCGCCGUCGCCGGCGACCACAAGCAGCGACCGUCGCACACCUCUCCGCGCGCCACCCCGAAGCCCCAGGAACGCCGCGCCACCGUCCCCCGCAACCCCGGCCUCCUCCUCGACCUCGCCUCUCCGUGCGAACAAACGGCGUCGCCGGCGGCGGCCUCGGCCACCAUGCUUGAGCUGACGGGCGCCGACCGCACAGGGCUCAUCUCCGAGGUGUUCGACGUGCUAGACGACAUGAGCUGCAGCGUCGUCGAUGCCAGGGCGUGGUCGCAUCGCGGCCGCCUCGCCUGCCUCGUCUACCUGCGGGACGAGGAUGUUGCCGCAGCCGGUGUGGAGCACAUCAAGGCCCGCCUCGCCCCCCUCCUCCGCGGAGACUCGGAAGCCAGCGGUGGCACCGUGGCUGCCGUCCCCGCCGGCUCCAUCCCGCACGCCGACCGGCGCCUCCACCAUCUCAUGUAUGCCAGCGGCGACCAGGAGCGCGCGUUCCCAACUCCCUCGGUGCGUGCUCAUGGAUCUCGAGCCCGACACCAUGGGCUCCGUGCACACGGGGCCCUACGGCCAGAUCUUCCGCCCCGACAACUUUGUCUUCGGCCAGUCCGGCGCCGGCAACAACUGGGCCAAGGGCCACUACACCGAGGGCGGGGAGCUCAUCGACUCCGUCCUCGACGUCGUCCGCGAGGAGGCCGAGAACUGCGCUGCCUCCAAGGUACUUUCCCCUUUCUUGAGGAGUCGCUCCAGUUACUCCGUUCCACAGAUUCUGGCCAGCGAUUCUGACUUUUGUUCAUGUGCUUGUCGUGAGGCUUCCAGGUGUGCCACUCCCUCGGCGGGGGCACCGGUUCCAAGAUCAGGGAGGAGUACCCGGGCCGGAUGAUGCUCACCUUCUCCGUGUUCCCAUCUCCAAAGGUCUCUGACACGGUGGUCGAGCCCUACAACGUCACUCUCUCGGUUCACCAGCUGGUGGAGAACGCCGACGAGUGCAUGGUGCUGGACAACAAGGCGCUCUGUGACAUUUGCUUCCGCACCCUCAAGCUGACCACACCUAGCUUAGGUGGUGGAAUGAGGACACUCUCCAAGAGAACUUCUUAACACCAGACAUCUGGGUGAUAAAGAAGACCCCUCUUGGAAAAUUGGACCAGGAUAUGUGGGUGUGAUCCAGAAUUUUAUGCCUGUCAGGGCUAACUUGCACCUCCAUCCCUACACCCCUUUGAUUACAUUUGCAAUUCAAUAUGCAAAUAAGCUGGAUGCUUGGAUGCCCGUGGUGAGUGAAGUAUGGCUUUAGUCUGUCGGUUAAGCUGACUAACUGUUUCAAAAUCUUGAACUAAUGUUUUUUGUGACACCUAAACUGAAGUUGGUCAUGCUAACAAAACCUUCAACUUAUUAGAACAGAAAUUGUAACAACAGUUUAGCUUAUUGUUCUGUGAAGUAACUACUGUUGUACCAGAAAAUUUUGUGCACGUGCAUUCAAUUACAGGUUAUCCGAGCCUGCUUGCACUUGCAACUGAUCAAUGCCGAUCCAGUUGUUCUCAGGAUAGAUAAAAAUCAGUUCUUGUUCAUUAUAGAGGGCAUCCAACAUAAAUAAGAUUUUUAAAUCUGACAAAACAUUUUUAUUGUACAAUUCAGUCUGAAAGAUAAGAGCAAACUUAUCUGCCACUAUAGAGGGAAUCAAACAUAAAAUAGGUGACAUGCAGAUAUUGACAUACGAUUACAUUUUUAUGGCAUUACUAAUCCAGUUAUGGUUCCAUUGUUGUCGCACACCGAACGUUCAAUGAAUUUCUUGAAGAAAAUGUAUGGAGUCUUUUGUUGUGUGCUUCAACCAGGUAAAAUCCUAUUGGUUAUUCUAAUCAUACAAUCUUCCGAGCCAAUUUUGUGAGCUUAGUACAGUAGGAUUCUUAUUUUUUUAAGGCUUCCCAGUAGAUAUAUUGGAGCUGCCCCUUCCUCUUCUACUGUGCUAUCUCUACUUCUUUCCCUUCUACUUGAUAGUCAAAAAUUUAGUACAUCUCCAUGCUCAUGGUUCUUCAGCAUAUAUAGUCUACUAUGUAAUUCUCUGUACAACCCAUUUAACUCAGCAACAGCCACUAAAAUAUAUCUGUAAGCUUGCAUAGGAAUAAUUCAUUUUUUAUUGUUGUUUGGUUAUUGUGGUUCACAGCCAAUUUCUUUAGGCUUUAAGCAUAUGGUAGGAUUACACUAACAAUCCAAGUAAAUAGUAUUUGGUCCUUUUGAUUAUGUUUCAUGGCAAUAAAUAUGUUACCUUGUGGUGCAAUUUGUUUCCUGCAAUUGGUAACUCAAC